GAGCUCCUGGCUGCUUUUGUGGUUUAACGCGCUCCGCCCCCCCCCCCCGUUCCCCCCCCCCUUCUCGCUCCUGAACGCCAAAAAACUUCGGGGCCGCGAUCAUGGGGCGAGCCGAGGAGCUGGUGAGGAUUGCAAAGAAGCUGGAUAAGAUGGUGACCAGGCAGAACACGGACGGAGCUCUGGAUCUGCUGAAAGAACUGAACAGCUACACGAUGACCAUCGAGCUGCUGCAGUCCACGAGAAUUGGCGUGGCCGUCAAUGCUGUCCGGAAGCAGUGCUCGGAUGAAGAGGUGGUGGCCCUGGCGAAAGUCCUCAUCAAGAACUGGAAACGGCUGCUAGAGUCCUCGGGGACCCCGAAGAGAGAGAAGGCCCUGGAAGGGCAAAAGAAUAAAAAAGAAAAAAGUCUCGACUUUCCCAGCUGGCAGCCUGAAGGGGCGAAUUCCCAUCCAGUGAAACGCUGCAAAAGCCCAGCUGAGAAGCACAGGGAAAAGGACAAAGAAAGGGACUUUCCCAAUCAUAAGGCAGUGGGCCCUCUUCCUGGCUCAAAGAAACAUUCAUCGGAUCAGAAACAGGACAGGAAAUCCAGCAAGUCCGGCUCUCACACGGCAGCCCCAAAGAGUCACUCUGCAGACUCCAAGCCAGACAGGGAGACCAGCGACUGCAGGGCUCUUCCUGCCACCUCUAAAAAGUCGCACUUGGACGGCAAGAAAGAGAGGAGAGAUUCUGCAGACUCAAGAUCUUCCACCGUCACCACUGCCUCCUCCUCUUCCUCCCCUCAGAAGAGACCAUCGGUGGAAAGGAGGCCCUCUACAGGCUCCAACCCAGCAGCCUCUCCCCCCGGCUCUCGGAAGAACUCCAGUGAUGGCAAAGAGGAAAGACCCAACAGCGCCAAAUCCAAACCCGAGACCCCCAAGACUCCCAGCAGCCCCUCGAGUCCCACGUUCGCACCGACCAUCUGCUUCCUGGCCUCCUGCUACCUCACGGGAGACUCGGUCCGGGACAAGUGCGUCGAGAUGAUCUCGGCCGCCCUGAAAAUGGAUGAUGAUUACAAACAGUUUGGAGUCAACUGUGACAAGAUGGCCUCUGAAAUCGAAGAUCAUAUCUUCCAAGAGCUGAAGAGCACGGACAUGAAGUACCGCAACCGCGUGAGGAGCAGAAUCAGUAACCUGAAGGACCCCAAGAACCCCAACCUGCGGAGGAACGUGCUGAAUGGAGCCAUCUCCCCCAGCCUCAUUGCUAGGAUGACGGCAGAGGAGAUGGCGAGCGAUGAACUGAAGGAGCUGAGGAACGCCAUGACCCUAGAAGCCAUCCGGGAGCAUCAGAUGGCGAAGACCGGGGGCACCACCACGGACCUCUUCCAGUGCGGCAAGUGCAAGAAGAAGAAUUGCACUUACAACCAGGUCCAGACGCGUAGCGCCGAUGAACCCAUGACAACGUUCGUGCUGUGUAACGAGUGCGGGAACCGCUGGAAGUUCUGCUGAGGCCGCUCCUGUUUGCACCCGGGCCACCCGCGGAGACGAUGCAGCCUGACGGCAAAGGAGAAGCUCUGACCGUCCAAAUUUGAAACUGAGGGGUGGGAGGGGGGAGGGGAAGGGAAGGGAAGAGAACUAACCUGUUGAGAGAGGAGCUGAAAGUCCCUCCCUAUUGGCUCCCGCGAAUGUAAUGAGGGUUCACUCAGUGGCUAGAGGGAGGGAUUGUUUGGCGUUAGGGGUACCCGAGCCUCAAGCCCAGAAGGUGCGAUACCAGGGUGGCAGCCACUAGGAGACUCCUCUGUGCUGAUGUAUAUAUUGUGACUGGAGUGAUCAUUGGAACCCUAGACUGGAAGGACCUGCUAGGUUGUUCUAGUCCAUCUCCCUGGAGGAAGCAAUGGGUGCUUGGAGCCUGGCAGAGCCCAGGGGAAAUCUGCCCUGCCAGAGGUUUUGGGGUGUUGUUCUUUGAGCUCCCAGGAAGUAACCUAGCAGCAGCCGAGGUGCCCAGCCCAGUCGCACGUGCUCGGCCCUUUCGUUGGCCGGGUUAAGCGGACCCCGGUUUGUUUUUAUGAGCGUCAGUCCAGGUGGAUCUCCCUGUUCCACGCGGGGGCGUGGCUAAGACAAUGAGGCUUUCCGAAUCCCAGGCAGCGUUCGCUUUCGGAGCCAGAGGCUUCCCGCCAUCCCCUGCCCAGGGUAAUCCACAGGCUGGUGUGUCUCAAAUCGUCAUUCUCGGAGGGAAGACGCCCAACUACCCCCCUCUGCCCACUCCGAUCUGGAAGGCAGGCUCAGCACUGCUCUCCGGGGCUGCGUCAGCCUCAGUCCUCGCACAGGCCACCGAAAGCCCAUUGCACUCUGCCCGUGACAGCACCCUGGAGAUGCUCCGCUCCGUGGAUGGAGCAGGUGCUGUCCUGCUGGCUGAGACCCGGGUCCCCGGGCUGCGACAGGGGCAUGCUUGG